CUUUAAUACGAAUGGCCUUCUGUAAUCUUUUACCCUUUCCCCUUGGCCAUUGGGAGGCUAGUCUGGUGAACCUGUAAAAAUUGGAAUCCCAAAGGGCCACCAAUUGGGGAAGUUGCUACGUUCUCUGUAUUAGAAAGCUCUCUCUCUCUCUCUCUCUCAAGUCUCAACGAGAAGUUUCAUCCCAAUUUGCAGGAGGAUGCAAACACUGGAUGUUUUGAAUUUCUGAAAGUGUUUCGUGCUUGCACCUGCCACGAAAAUUGUCAUAUAAUAUCCUAUUCAUUUUAUGGAUCCUAGGAGUUUCAUAGAUGAGAAGAGUGAGAGCAGACUAUACAUUGGUAACCUUGAUCUAAGAAUAACCGAAAGUGCCCUUAUUAAGAUGUUUUCUCCAUAUGGAAAGAUUGUAUCUGAGGACUUCUUGUGGCACACUCGUGGCCCAAAACGUGGAGAGCCGCGAGGUUUUGCCUUUAUCCAGUACAGCACGAAAGAGGAAGCUAAAUUGGCCAAGGAGAAGAUGCAUGGGAGAUUAGCUUGUGGUCGCCCCUUGGUGGUCCGUCUAGCUAGCGAGAAAUUGUUGGAGGAAGCAGCACACAAUUCUUCCAAAGCUGGAGGUGAGGCAAUCAAAAGUGGCACUGCUGGUAGCACCUCAGGGCAGAUGAGUCGCAGCGCCAAAAUUGCUGCGAUUAAGAACAAAUUGAAGGCCUUGGAUGAAGAGAGAGGUAGUGCAAAGAAGCAGAAACCGAGCUGACAGCAUUUCUGGUAAGUUGUAACAUCGGAGUUGACCAUCCAUCCAGCAGAUUCCACUGAUCCAAGAUGAUUUUUGGUUAGGGUUUGGUCAAAGUUUGAGCCCAAAUUUGAUCCAGUCUCGACCAAUGAACAUGUUUACUGACUACCCAAUGUCUGCACAUUUUUCGCUAAAAAAUUCAGAAGAAAAGAUUUGGAAAGAUUCCACAGGAACUUUAAAAUUGACUACCCAAUGUGUGCACAUUCUCAGCUUUGCGAGAAAUGACCAUGUUUUGCAACGUAAGAUUAAUUUAUAUUAGUUGAAUUAUAAUACAAAUUUAAAUAUGUAAAAUUUAAUUACUUAUGUAAAAUAUUAUUAUUAGAGAUUGAAUUCAUAGGAGGGUUGGAAAUACUCAAGUUUUUGACAAUUUUAUCAACUUAAAUUGUAUUUAAUAAAUUCAAAGGAUUAAAUUUUUAUUA